GAAAUCUCCCUGUCCUUCUCCAUCCUGCGACGCUCCACCCUGGGCCCUAAUGUCUCUCUGCAGGAGGCAGCUAGGAAGACUCUGUGGGCUCUAGAAAAUGAUAACAAGGAAACCCUGUUACUAUUUAAGGAGCUGUCCGCCCGGCUAGUAUCCAUCCAGGCUCAAAAUGAUGUUUUCAUUAUCACCUUCAAGACUAUAGAGGAAAUCUGGAAGUUUACUACUUAUCUCUCACUAGGUAUUGUGGCUUGCACUCUGGAACAUCUGCUGUUCGAUGAGAGGUACUGGUUGAAUUCUGCACUAGUAGAAGACACAGAAGUACAAGUAUCUGUAAACCAGGAUGAACUGGCAACACUGUACCUUGGUCUCCUCCUUCAAGAAGGGUGCUUUUAUGCUCGAGCUGUGGUUCAUGAUGCCGGAGCGCAGGUGGAUGAUGGAAAGUCGGAAUUCCUUGCAGUAUCUAUGAAUGAUGUGGUCUAUGUGAAGGACAUCGGUGAUGAGUCAUCAUGGGAAGGACAGUCUCUGAGUACAGGAGAGCGUGGAUUAUUGCCCAUUAUAGCAGUGGAGCCACUGCCUCAUCCUUUCUACCAAUGGUUUCUGAAAGUGUACCCUAUAUCCUGUAAUGUGACAGAGCAGAACUGCCGUAACAUCACAUCUCAGCCAAUAGGGUCAGGGCAGUGUACUGCAAGAGAAAGUCAUACAGCAACAGAAUGGGAUGAACUGAGCUACUGCAGGGGAGAUGCCAUUGAGGUUGUUGGUUUCUUUGUGCCUGGACUCAAGUGGUUUGUUGGAAAGUGUCCUUCAACUGGAGUGAUUGGUUUUGUUCAGACAAGGCACGUGGAUCCAAACUGUUUGAAAGCAUUGUGUAAAGAUUUAUUAUUUCUUAGUGAGGAGGAGAAGAUUUCCCUAAACUCCUUUGAUGAUGAAGCUCAGAGAGUCUCUGCAGAUCUUCUACGUAGCUUGGCCCAAACUGAGAUCACAUCAGUGUACAGGAUGGAUGGUUUGGAUCCUGUGGAAAUAUAUUUAAAAUCUUCUUUUGGGACAAGGGAAGAUUAUGGUGAAAUUCAGAUACCUGACAGCUCGGAGGAAAGUGAAGCUGUAACUGAUUCUUCUAAAUGUAGUAUCUCUGAGAAGUCAACACCAGAUUCUGAGUGGAAAUAUGGAGUGGAAACCUUCCAUGUUCCUGGUCAAGAAGAUAUUGAUGACCCUAAAUUUUUUGUUGAUUUAAAUGCAAGUGACUUAGAAGACUGUGAAGUUUUUGACCCCAUCUUGACAUUUCUCAACAAGGAGGGCUACGACUCUCAUUUUCAGCCCUUAUAUAACCUUUCAAUGUCUUUUCUCAGCUCCACAUUUUAUGGAUUUUCUGAAGAGGAAGACUUAGUCAUGUACUUGGAGACAUCUCGGAACUGGGCAAAGAGAAAUAAUAUGUCUUGGGCUCAUGUCCGUUGCUGCUUUCUUCUUGGGCGUAUUUGCGCUAAGCGGAUGAAACUUUCUCAAGCAAGGGUUUAUUUUGAAGAAGCUUUAAGUGCCAUUAACCAGGGAUUUCUUGACCUGCACCUUUUGGCUGCUCUGUAUGGGAACUUAUCAGCUAUCUACUUGAAACAAAAUUUGAGAACUAAGCAAGACCUGUUGCUGGAAAAGGCUGCCAGUCUUCUAACAUGCUUGCCACAGCAUAAUUUUAGCUCUGAGAAUGAGCUGGAGGUGCUAAAAUAUGUUUUCAGGAAAGCUGUCAUUGUCAAUAAUGCCUCCUUGGAAUCCAGAGUUUGCUUCCUCAUUUUCCGGUUACUCCUUCAGCUUGGCAGACAUGAUGAAGCCCUUCCCUUUCUAGAACGUCUACAGUUUCUUCUUAUCACCUCAUGCUCUCAGACUUUAAACUCUACUACAAGUGUGUUGCCACUUUUAAGUUACUUGUAUGACAAGAAGUAUCUGCCUCAUGUUGCUUUGUCAUCAGCCAGACUGUGCAAAUCAGUUGGCAUAAAAACACGGCCCUCUCCUUUGUGGAGGGUAGCAGUUGUCAUGCAGAACUUAUCCAAAAUCAUGGGUUAUCCUCUGAAAGGGAAUUACAUUCCAGCCCAGGCUGCCCCAUACUUGAAACAUGCUUUGUCCUCCUCUUAUGAAAGUGGUGAUGUAAAAGCUCAGAGGACGCUGUGUCUUAUGUUAGCUAAGCUCUAUCUACAACACUGUCUUCUGUCAGGUGCCAUUGGCUACACGAAAAGGGCUGUGGAACUGGGUAGAUGGACAAGUGAAGAAGAGGCUUUUGAAUCCUCUCUGUUUCUGGGAUGGCUGUAUAUACUGAGUGGCCAUUUUGAAGGGCUUGUCAUAUUCUGUUGCCUCUGCUAGACUCCAUGCAGGAAACUGACAGCACCACUCAGUGUGGUUGGCGUUGUACAUAAUCUCCUUGCAAAUGCGCAGAAGAUGAACAAACAGAUACUUGAAUCAUCAAGAGGGUAUUCUUAUGCUCUUAAGAUGGCCACUGAAACUGGCAACAGGCGGAACCAAGCCAUAGCCCUAGCAAAUUUUGGAAGGUUGUCAGUAUUCUGCCAAGCAUAUAUUAUGGCAGAGAGGUAUUUUGUAAAAUCCACCCAGCUUUUCAUGGAUGUGCAGGGCUGUGAUGAUGCAGAAAGAGAACUGGCACAGGUUCUUCAUUGGUUUGGAAACAUUCUAAUUCAACAACAUAGGCUGGAAGAUGGAAGGGUGUGUUAUGAACUGGCUUUACUAUUUGCAAUGAAAUCCAAUAACCUGAAAAGUCAGCUCAGUAUCAUUGAAGAAUUGUUCAAUUUCUACAGUGAAGUAUGUCCCACCACUGGAGCACAAAUAGCAUACUGUGAACACUGGGUUCUCAUUGUACAGCAGCUGAGGGACAGACAAAAAGAAGGAGAUGUGCUGAGCACUCUGAGCAAGCUCUACCAGACUCUGAACACUGACAAGUCCCUACGGAAAGCACUAGACUAUACUAAGCAAAGUCUAAGGAUUUCCAUUGACCUGGGGCAGCAUGAGAAGUCUGCUGAAAGAUGGAUACAAGCUGGAAAACUGUAUCAUCUACUGCGAGAGGAUGAGCUUGUUGAGAUUUAUCUGCAUGCUGGAAUCCAGGCUUCCCAGAAGUCCGAGCACUUUACUGCUACAUUGCACUUGUAUGAAGCUGCAGGAGAUGUGUUCUUCCAUGGGCUACAGAAGAGAGAGAGAGCUCUACCUUUUUAUAAGGAAGGUGCUCUGCCACUAGCAAAGAAGUUGGAGGACACAAAAUCGCAGCUGCGACUUUACCAUAAACUCACUCAGCUACUAGUAAGCCAAGGAGACUAUAAAGCAUCACUGGAAUUUGCUACUAUGGCAGUCCGACUCGGCACGCUUGUGGAGGAUCCAUUACAAGAGUUGGUUGCAUUUCAUCGAUUGGCAGGAGUAUACUACACUUUGCAGAUUUAUGAGAUUGCAGAGUACUGUUACCUCAAGGCGCUGUCAGUGUGUUCUUCAUCAAUUCAACAUGCAGUGGAGGCUGCCUAUUAUGUGAAGGUCUAUUGGCGUUUGGGGGACAUCGCACUUAAUAGGAGAAAGGAUGCUGACGAUGCAGCUACCUACCUCUGCCUGGCUCUUGCCGCUGCUAUUGAAGUCGGAAAUGAGGAGUUUCAGCUGCUGCUCAUGGAGAAAAUUUCAGAUGUAUAUGGGAAGUUCCUGUGUGAUGGAGAGCAUUAA